UCAUGCGAAACACUUCAUGUAAGAAUGACGAAUUCACUUCCCGGAUUCCGCACUCUCCUCGACGAACAACGAACCGCAAUUAGAACACUUUAAAUAAAAGAUUAUACAUUGAAUUGAAACUCUUUCUACGAGUGUUAUGUAUCAUCAAAUGAUCUCGAGUAACUGAUCUUUAGUUUCCUAGAAUCAAUCAAGACGACGCUCUUCAAAUAAUGCCUGAUCUAAGUUUUGCGAGUUCUUUGGUGGGCGACGAAUCGCAUCAUUUCUUGGUAAAUUUGGGCGAGGGUGAAAUUAAAACUAUUGAAAAUCUAAAAGCAUAUGCAACGAAGCAACUUCACAUCAUAGAACAGUACGUCAAUGGGAUUCAGAAGUUAAAUUCCUCUAGUGAUAUCACUAAAUUUGGUUUAGAUGAAGACAGUCCAUUUGUCAAGAUUUGGAAAGUAUUUUACUCAGAAUGCAUUCAAGUUACAGCUCUGUUUAGUCAGCUAGCCUCAAAUUAUACAACAUCUUUCAUUCCUCGACUUGAAAAACUGUUGACACAUAUGAAAGAAGCACAUAAACAGUAUAAAAACCACAGAUUUCGUAUUGACAGUGAGUUAAAAACAGUUUGCGAUCAAGAAAGCAGACUGAGGGCCACAUACAAACAACAUGCUGAAGAAGUUGAAAAUGCUAAACAAAAAUUGGAAGGACAAAAAGCAAAAGCUGAUAAAACUAAACAGGAUAAGUUCAAAAAAGCUUCCUUGAAGCUUUAUCAAAACCACAAUGAAUAUGUCCUGGCACUAAGUGCAGCAACAACACAUCAAACUCACUAUGAAUCAGGAAUUCUCCCAAACCUUUUGAAUUCAUUGCAAAAUGUGAAACAAGAUUUAGUUGCAGAAUGGAAAAGUAUAAUGAAUGAAUUAACUCAACAUUUAAAAGAAUGUUCUGAACAAUAUGCAAGAUUUUCCGAUGCCAUAACAUCUACAAUAGAAGAAAUCAGUGAUGAAAAUCCAUAUGAACCAUUUAUAGUCAAUAAAGGGGUCGCAUAUGAACCACAGACUUGCUACAAAUUUGAUGAGACAUUAUUAAACAUCACAAAAACUGAUCUGCAGGAGAAUGAAAUUGCUUUGAAUGACUUGACAAUAGAGCAACUCAAAUCAAAAAACACUUUAUUGGAAAAAACUGUUACAGAAACAAAAACAGAGUUAAAUGAGAAGAGUUCAGAGUAUCAAACAUCAAAACAGAUGUUGCUGCAAGUCAAGGAAUCAUCAAGUUCUAAUUUGAGCAAUCUAUUCGUAAAGCAAAUGGCAGUGAGCGAGUUGUCUCGUGAAUUGAAAGAGCUGAGUUGUACCAAUGAAAAAGCACUGGCCCAGCGAGAGAUUAUUAGCUAUGCCUUGGAAAAUGGAGAUCCACAACUCAGAUGGUCUGACCUACAGCUGUCAAACAGCUUAGAGUCAUGUGAUACCCCCGAUGCAACAAGUAAACCAGGACGGACAUUGCAACGUUUGAACAAACUUUUCUCCAAACCUAUCCCACCCCCUAAGAAAGAUACUCCAUAUAAUGGUGCAAAUAAUCAUGACUGGAAUCCAGGGCCAAGCCCUGAUGGAAUGAACAGUCACAAUAGACCUUUGCCUGUUACACCCGUAGACACAGGCCCAGAUGAUGACACGGAUGAUGAUCCUGCUGAUUAUGACGAGCCUGUAGAGGUGCCUCUUUAUGACGAACUUUGGUACCAUGGUACAAUAUCCAGAGUGGAUGCCGAAGCUUUGCUCAAAGAUGAAGGUGACUAUUUAGUAAGAGAGAGCAACAAGAAACCAGGAAAUUAUGUCUUGUCUGCGAGAUGGGGGACUGUACGACAUUUUAUUAUACAGCAAGAUGAAUCGGGUAAAUUCCGUCUAGAGGGUGAGUCUUACUCUACAGUGACUCAUCUUGUUGACUUCCAUAAGAAGCACCAAUGCGCUGUAACCAGAAAAAGCAGUGCUAUUCUAAAGAAUCCAAUACUGCGGCCAAAAUCUAUUGGAAGGAACUUGAAUCAUGACAAUAUAGUAAUAGAAAGUAAACUAGGACGAGGCCAUUUUGGUGAUGUGAUGAAAGGAAGAUUGCAGGACAGUCGUGAGGAAGUUGCAGUGAAAACAUGCAGAGAUAAUGUCAUAGAAACCAUCAAAGCAAAGUUUUUGCAGGAGGCAGAAAUUCUAGCCCAAUAUGACCAUCCAAACAUUGUGAAAUUGAUUGGAAUUGCUACUGAUCAAGAUCCAGUUUAUAUUGUAAUGGAACUGAUGUCAGGAGGUGACUUUCUGAACCACCUUCGCAAAAAUGGCAGUGGAAUUCUACCAAAAGAAUUACUCCAAUAUGGCAUUGAUGCUGCCAAAGGCAUGGAUUAUUUGGAGAGUAAGGGUUGCAUUCAUCGAGACUUAGCAGCCAGGAACUGUCUUUUGAACAAAAUGAAUGUGCUGAAGAUUUCUGAUUUUGGCAUGUCUAGAGAAACAGAUUUUUACGAAUGUUCAAACAUGCGCGAGAUCCCCGUGAAGUGGACAGCACCAGAAGCCCUGAACUUUACACAGUACACUUCAGCAAGUGAUGUGUGGAGUUUUGGUGUUCUUUUAUGGGAGACAUAUUCGCUUGGUAACACACCUUACCCAGGGAUGGGAAAUAAGGAGACCAGGGAGCAGGUUGACCGUGGUUAUCGCAUGCCCCCUCCUAUGGGAACACCUGCAAGUAUCUAUGAGCUGAUGAAGGAGUGUUGGCAAUACGAACCUAGAAAUCGACCACAAUUUCGCACUGUUCUUGCUAAGCUACAACAGAUAAAAUUAAUUGGGUAAUACUGAGUCUCGUGGGUAUGACAGUGACUUUUUAAAUUCACUUUUUAGAAUUUAGGUCAAGUCUAUGUAUUUUAAGUAAGAGUUUAAAAAGACUUCCCAAGCAUAGCUUGCUUGUAUCUGGGAGGGUAUUUGUAAUAUAGUAUAAUAUUUUAUAGAAUUCAGACCAACCACAGAACACAUACUUUCUGCAGAAACAUUUUCAAUUUUUCCAUUUCUAAGUUUAUAACUAAAUGGCAAAUGUAUGUCAAAAUCAGUUUUGCAUGGUCAUUUGCUUAGUUCAGUAAUGGCUCUUACAACAUGACUACCAGAAAGGAGAUAUCUUUAUAUAUUUAUAUAAAGAUCUAUUCUUGAGGGAAUUCUGUGUCAUAUUUAUUCUACAGAACACAUCUACUUCACUAGUGACACAUUAAUUAGAUCAAAAGCACAAAAAGUGUUUG